AUGAGCAGCUCGGACGAAGACCAAGAUGCAGAGAAUCUGCUCUCUACAUUUCAAUCCCAUCAUCGACCGCCGAUCAACAAAGAACCUUCAGCUUUGUUCUCAAACAUUGGAUACCGAGCAACCCCACCGAAACGAAGAGGCAGACCGCCGAAAGGUUCUCCCAUAAUUGACCUGGUGGACUCUGAGGGUUCGCAACAACAUAACAUUCCGCGGAGACCAAGAGGGAGGCCUAAGAAGAAUCGAGUAGAGUCUGAUGACUUGGAUAACUCGCAACCUGUUCAGAAUGUAGUGAGCAGACGACCACAAGCGGGAUCGUCAAUGGAAUCCCCAGGUGGACUAUCAGCCGACGCACGACAAAGUUCAGGACUUCAGACGAGUCAUACGACACACGAUAACUCGGCUGGCUUUCACCGCAGCAACCAACAUGCUAAGAGCUCGACACCCCAACAAAGUGCUGUCUCUCGCUCGAGACGGUCCAGGACUCAGGUCGACAAUUAUUACUCCAAUACCAACUAUUCAGGAUACGUGUCUGGGGGCGAGGAAGAAACCAGGUCUGAAUCGCAACCACGAUCAAGGUCUAUUGAUCGCAACUCGUGUUCCGUAGUGCCACCUACCCCCAGAAAGCCGGAAAGAAGGAGAUUCCGUGUCAUUUUUGACUCUCAAGGAAUUCGCGUUAUUCGACAUGGAUUUUCUAAAGUACAAGAUAUACCUAAUCUUCCUGACAUGAUUCCCUAUUUACCGCAAACCAAGCCCUCUAGCUACGCGCGCCAUUUCAGAAACAACCGGCACAUCUCCCUGCUCCACGUCUCAUUCAGCGAAGAUGAAGUAUCGGCUGUCAUUGGGCUAUUGACACCUUACAGCGUUGACCCACGUUUGUCUGAAAUGAGCCAGGCGGAUCAGGUCAUACAUAUUGUCCAAUCAAUACACAGCAGUCGUUUGGAACAGGGGUUUCUGAGGAGAUUACCUCAAAUGAUGCGACUCCAAAAGCUUCUCAACCUGCAAGGCUUUGAUAAUCUCAUUGCAUAUCAGGUUGCGGACUCUGCGGACCCGUUGAUCGACAACCUGUGUCAUGAGAUGCUAUCGGAGAAAAGCACAUUUGCUCAAACAUCACAUUUACUUUCACUGGCAGGAGCCCUUAGCAGGCGCUAUGAGGCAGAUAUACAGGCAUUUCUUGUGGACGCGAGACUGGGGAAUAUCCCAGCAAGACCGUACUAUGUCAGUGCUAGCCAAGAACAUGCCUCGAUACGGAGGAGCGAACACCGUUCGUCGGCACUUAAUAGAUGGCCCAAGUCUUUAACUGAAAAGUAUAGCUUGCGGAAAACUCUCACAUGGAAAGGAGCAUCUAACGAUGUUCUGAAUUUGGCUUGGUCCCCCGAUGGCAGCAAAUUUGCUGUAGGUGCAGCGGCGCAAUGCGACGAGCACAAUAUGCAGUACAACCGGUCCAACAAUUUGAUACUGGGUGAUUACACGCGAAAAACCAUCAAGGAGCUGCCGGACCAUCGUGAACCGUACCCUGUCGCAAACCACAACAACUCUCAUUUAUAUAUGAGUGUUACAGCUGUGCAAUGGUUCGACGACAUUCUUUACACAUCUAGCUAUGACAAGACUGUCAAGAUUUGGGAUGUGUCGUCGUUCCUUGAUGCAAGCUGUCAGGUGACCCUUCGACAUAACCACAAGGUUCAAAUCAUGGCGCGGUCACCGUCAAUCGCCAGCCCACUUGCAACAGGAACAGAUUCAACUUUGCACUUGUGGCAUCUUGAUAGUUUUAACCAAACAUGCCUCGAUUUGGAUUACAUGGCGCAACGCCUCACAAGAAAUCCCCGUGCAAUCAAAGAAGCCGACUUCACACCUUCAUCAUUAGCGUGGGGUUUGUCGCCCCUCACUCAGGAUCUACUCGUUGCUGGCUUCUCUGGCAGAAGUUAUUAUGAUGGAGAUGCAUGUCGGGAAGGCUUGCUGGCCGCGUGGAAGGUAGCUCAAGACUCCUUAGUACCCGUACCAUUACAACCAAAUGCGCAGAAUAUUUUCGACGUGAAAUCUCAUCCUUUCCUUCCCUGGUUUGCGACUGGUAGCUCAGUCUCUGCGGUAGGCACGAACGGAAGGGGCAGAGACAUUCGGUCGUUGGUGCGAAUCUAUGAGCCGUCAAACAAGCCGAGGUAUGCCAUUGAGUUUGACUGCCCGGCUCUUGAUAUUAACGACGUCUCAUUUUGUCCCGUGGAUCGAUUGCACAUAUCGGCUAGUUGCACUGAUGGCAUUACCUACGUAUGGGACUUCCGAAAGCCGUCCGAGAUACUGCACAGACUCUGUCAUGGGGACGCCAUCAAUCAGCUUGACGAGGAACUCACGAGAGAACAAGCAGAUGUCGGGGUUCGUGUUGCUUUGUGGGGUAAUGGGUCUGACGAGUUUAUCACAGGCGGAUCUGAUGGUGUUCUCCGGUCAUGGGACAUCCGCCGCGCACCUGAAGAUGUAUACGUGCGAGACGUUGCUGUGAUUGAGGAUGAAAUCAUGUCAGGCGCUUGGUCGCCAGACAAGUCGACACUGCUCAUCGGGGAUGCCGCUGGGGGGAUUCAUAUCCUUGAGCCAGGUUUGAGUUCAGAUCCCGUAGAGCAACUGCGUUACGAAAUCCCACGCGACACUGAGCUAUCGGCGCCUUCCGAUUCCGGAAAAGCGAUUGGAAAAUUGCUUUUACAGACCGGACAACUCAUUCAGCAUCCUCGUUAUGGGGUCGGCAAAGGACCAGCCUACCAGGGCCCAUAUGCCGCUUGGGCUCGGCCAGACGAAACACCCAAAGAUUUGCUAGCAAUAACGCCACUGAUUGCAGAAAUACAGGCUUUGCAGCUCGAUCAAGGCAGAGGCAGUUUACCUGCCGGCGACCAUACGGUUGAUGAACUGAGGAAGACUGCGGAAGUUCGUAAUCGCGAUACGAGCCUGCUUAAGCGAAAAGACAGUUCUCAUUACCGGCCAAAGAAGAAACAUCGGGUCAAAGACAACAUCAAAGAUCAUGUAAUUAACCUCUGCAGCGAUGAAGAGGAAGAUGUCAAGCCAGUUAAAGCAUCUCGCGUGUCGGCCAAGCCUCCCAUUUGUAUCGACCUUACUGGAGACACUGACGACGAAAAUGAUGCGCGAAAGCAGAUGAAGCAAGAAGAGGAUUCGGAUGAUGCUGCAGAGGAUUAUUGGUUUCCGGAUAGUGGUGAAAUAGACCCGAACAUCCGGGAUUCAGAGUAG